AUGACAGCAGUAAAGAGUGAUCAUAACACUGUACCAAAACAAGAUCUGAUGGCAGCAACAGUUAAUAUGGUUCCUGUCUCAUCAGAAAUGUAUGAGUUAUUAGAAGCAUACGGUGUUGAGCGACAUAUGAUGGCAUAUUACAACCGAGAAGAACCGAACAGAAUAUAUGUAAGUGCUUAUGGACAAUUGCACUUCAUCGAUCUAUCCAUGAUUAAUCCAACGAAUAAUGGUUCUGUCGUGCAGAAUUUAGCUCUAAAAGCUUGUGAAUUAACUCAGAAUGAUCCAGUUGUCCGGAAUGACUUAGAAGCUGAACUAAAUAAAGUGAUUCAAAGAGUUUUAUCAAAACUUGCUGAGAAACAUAGUAGAAAUGAUGUUCCUUUAAAGACCGACUCAUCAGAAAGUAUGAAUACUUCUACAUGGCAAAUGUUAACUGAUACUGAACGUGAAGAAUUACAAAGAGAGCGGCGCAAAAGGAAUGCGUACAAAACUUCACUAUGUAAGUCAUUUCGAGAAAAUAACAUAUGCCAAUAUGGCGAUGAAUGUGUUUUUGCACAUGGAGAAAAAGAGCUUCGUCUUCCACCACAGGCUCAUCCAAAAUACAAAACUCAAUUAUGCAAUAAAUUCUCAGUGUGGAACUAUUGUCCGUACGGUGCACGUUGUCAAUAUAUACAUCAACGUGUCAAUGAAAUAUCAAAAAUCGGUACAAAUAUGUUGCAAACUAAAAAAAAUACAAGAAGAAACAGUGAGAAGAAUUUGCAACGUCCUUCUAGAUGUUUUAUCAUAAAACAUAUGAAUAAAAGUACUGAAAGUACUAAUUCAUCAGUUGCUCUUGGAAAUCAUUCAUCCUUUGAUGAACAUGGCGGAUUUUACUCAUCUCUAACAAAUACCGAUUUCAGUGGUGGUGAAAAGAAAGGACAAUCAAUAAAGGGAUCCGGUUUAAUAUUUCAUCCGGAUUAUUCUAUCAGUUACGAUGAUACUGAAUCUCAUCUUAAUACAGAUAUAACCACAAAUAAUAUCACUCUAAAUCAAUUUCGUGAACAUUUUAAUAAUAUGAAAAUCGAGGAUAACGACAAUAUAUUUUCACGAUCUUGUUUUUCACGAAUUGGAUCAAAUUAA